CCAAAAACAGUGCGCGGUUGUUUUGAGGAUUACGAGUGCAUUUACGCAGCUGCGGGCUGCGCGUUCAGCUGUCAGAACUGAAACUAGUGGAUCUAAAAGACAAGAGUAACUAGCAGUCGCAACACUGGGAAUACUGUCUUUAAAAAGAGAAUAUACUGGGGUUUUACAUACACAUAUAUAUAAAAUUCGCUUUCCUCUGUUGGAUUAUUGGUCCCCGGCAACGAAGUCACCUGACAAAACUGGAUGUCGUAAAAAGGUUUAUCAAAUGAUCCAGACAUGGAGACAAAACGAUACCAAAGUCUCUUUGAAGGAACCGACACAGGGAGCCGGUGGGCUCAAGUACCAAGCUCUGUGGACUUCUGCACGGCAGAGCAGGGUGGUCUGACCAGCAGUGACGUUCUCAUGGACAUCGUGAACGUAACCUGCGCCCAGAACGCCAGCACCGUCUCCGCAGCCUGCAAGGAGAAUGGCAUGAAGAGAAACGAGCAGGCCACGUUUCGGAACAACCAGAAUCAGAACCAAAACCAGAAUCAGAACCAGCCCUUCGCUUUCCCAGCUUUCAGCAGCCCCCUCUGUGGCCGUAAGCCAGAAUCAGACUCUAAGGAGCUGUCUAAAACAGUCGCAGAAUCCAUGGGUUUGUACAUGAAUGAUGCCAGGGAAGCAGACUUUGGCUUUGGCCAACAAGACGCCCGAACAAGCCAGUGUAGCCCUGGGAGACAGUACCCUCUGUGUGGGCAGGUCUUGCAGGACAACCCUCAGGCCAGUGCAGCAGGAAACCUGAAGAUGAAAGCUCCUUCCACAACGUUCCCCAGUAUGUCUCACCCACCAAACGGUAAAUCCCUUAGGGAAUGUUCCACCAACACUGCAUCUGGCCCUUCCGUCCUGGCUUCGGCUCUCUCCUGCAGUCCCCGGGGCUCCGGCGCUAUCUCCAGCCCAACCAGAAAUAAUAUGGUCACCUCCUCCUCCAGUCCCACAUGCUUUGGCAUCGGCAGUCCCACAGCCAACACCAAUAACCACAAGCCUGCAGCUAGCUCCAGCCUGUCCCACGGACACAGGGGAAACACAAACAUCUGCAGCCCAGCUGAGUCCAGCACCAUCGGGUCACCACCUUUGGAAAGUCCCCUCGGUGUGAUGAAGUCUCCCAUGUCCAGCCCUCAGAGCAUGAGCAGCGUGAGGUCGCCGUUGUCGUGCAGCGCGAACUUGAGGUCUUCGGUUUCUAGCCCGAAUGGCAACGUCAACGUGAGGCCAUCCAUGUCCAGUCCGUCCGCCAUCGGACCUGUGGCCGUCUCCAGCCCGGGACAUCACUCCAGAAGUUUCCCCGUCGCCAGUCCGCCCACGGGCCUUGGGCUGGUUCAGAACGACAUCAACAGCCCCGAGGGGAGGGAGAGCGACUUCAAGGGGUUCGAGUUCCCCAAGGUGGAAAAUGUGGACGGGGAGAUGUUUAACGUGGGCUUGGACUCCAUGGGCAUGGUGAAAUAUAUCAAAAACGAACCGGGCACCGACUUUAGGAGUAUGUGCCUUGGUGGCAGCAGCACCAAGAGCAACAUGGUCACGUCGCCUUUCGUGACGCAAAUUAAAAGCGAGCCAAAUCAAGAGGCCAGUUGUUCGGACUUGCACUACGGAGAGGCACAGCUCUCGAUGGGCAUGUUUCCCGGUGCAGAGACCACGUACUUGUCUUUAAGGGAUAAUAUUGACGAGUACAGUCUUUCGGGGAUCUUAGGACCCCCUGUUUCUCCUCUAAAUGGCAACUACGAACCUGGCGUGUUUCCCAACAGCAUCUUGCCAAAGGGGAUUAAGCAGGAGUCUAACAACGGCAGCUUCUACCCGGAGAAAAACAACGGGUCGACAUCGGCCAUCGUCGGCGUUAAUUCAGGAGGGCACUCGUUUCAUUACCAGAUCGGGGCGCAAGGAACAAUGUCGUUUUCGUGCCACGAUGUGAGGGACCAGUCAAACCCAUUGUUGAAUCUAAUUUCCCCAGUUACUGCGUUAAUGGAAACGUGGAAAACGCGGCCUGGCUUGUCGCAGGGAUCUCUCUCUACCAGGGAAGACGGUUACCUGGGCCAAGGAUGCCUCACAGACAGCUUGCCAAGCACUUCAUUAAGACACUCGUCGUCGACGGCCAAAGUGUGUCUGGUGUGUGGGGAUGAGGCGUCGGGGUGUCACUACGGGGUGGUCACCUGCGGCAGCUGCAAAGUGUUCUUCAAAAGAGCCGUAGAAGGGCAGCAUAACUACCUGUGCGCGGGACGGAAUGACUGUAUCAUCGACAAGAUCCGGAGGAAGAACUGCCCUGCGUGCCGAGUACGGAAGUGUCUGCAGGCCGGGAUGAACCUGGGAGCGCGCAAGUCGAAGAAGCUGGGCAAGCUGAAGAGCGUUUCCGACGACUCUUCUCUCCAGAGCACGAAGGACGGCCCGGCGUUCCUGGCGUCGGAGAAGGAGCUGAGUUCUGUGGCGGCGCUGGUUCCUCACGGCCCGCCCGUGGGCCCGUACCUGUCUCCCUCGGUCUGCAGCGUGCUGGAGCUGAUCGAACCCGAGGUGGUGUUCGCCGGUUACGACAACACGCAGCCUGACACCACCGACCACCUCCUCACCAGCCUCAACCGCCUCGCCGGGAAACAGAUGAUCCGCGUCGUCAAGUGGGCCAAAGUACUUCCAGGGUUCCGCAGUCUGCCCAUUGAGGACCAGAUCACUCUGAUCCAGUACUCCUGGAUGUGUCUGUCCUCCUUCUCUCUCAGCUGGAGAUCCUACAAACACACCAACGCUCAGAUGCUCUACUUCGCUCCCGAUCUCGUCUUCAACGAGGAGCGGAUGCAGCAGUCUGCCAUGUACGACCUGUGUGUGGGGAUGAAGCAGGUCAGUCAGGAGUUUGUGCGUCUGCAGCUCACCUAUGAGGAGUUCCUCACCAUGAAGGUCCUACUGCUCCUCAGCACAGUCCCCAAAGAUGGUCUGAAAAACCAAGGAGCGUUUGAGGAGAUGAGAGUCAACUACAUCAAGGAGCUGAGGAGAUCCGCGGGCAAAGCCACCAGCAACUGUGGCCAGACGUGGCAAAGGUUCUUCCAGCUGACCAAACUACUGGAUGCCAUGCAUGGCCUCGUGGGGAAUCUUCUAGACUUCUGCUUCUACACCUUCCGUGAAUCACAGGCCCUGAAGGUGGAGUUCCCAGAGAUGCUGGUGGAGAUCAUCAGUGACCAGAUACCAAAGGUGGAGUCCGGGCUCACCCACAUUCUUUACUUUCACAAGAAGUGACCGACAGCGGGGAAGAGAGGAGAUGAGGGAUAAGGAAAGGGAGAAAGGGGGAAGAGAUGAAAGGAAUACUCUGGGCCUCGGUGAGAGAGAGGGGCCAGUGAAGCUCGCUCGUCCGCAAGCCUGCCCCGCCCCCCGCCAGCCAGCCAGCCAGCCAGACUGACCUGCUAUGCACAAAGCACCGUGAAACAAGGAUCCUAAAGCUCUGUCAAUCCACAGGGUGUGCAGAGAGAGGGAGGGAAAGAGAAAGAGAGAGAGAGAGAGAGAGAGAGAGAGAGAAAGAAAGAUAGAGAGAAAGAGGAGAUGUCUGUGGCCAGCUAACAGAGGAGGAUAUUUUAUUGUUCCUUCCCCCCUCCC